UUGUUCUCAUGUCAUCAUGUCGUUUUUUUUUGUAUUCUCGCAGUGUGCAGUGUAUCCUCUAGCGUCAGAGAACACAUUCUGAAGUCAAUUCAAAAUACCUCUUUUCAACACUAGGGUAUAAUUUUAACGUGCUCCUGCAAAGGAUGUUCAUUUCACGAAAUAUGCAUUUCUAAACAUCGUGAAACUUUAAAAUGAAAAAAAAAAUUUUAAAAGCUAACACAUUUUACAUUAUGGGUUUUUGGUGCAGUCAUUGUUGACUGGGCAAGGUCCCAUGUCGCACCUUGAUGCAGUUGAGAACCCAGUUUAAUAAUGGGCGGCUGAAAUCCAAAUUUCAACCCAAGAUCUCAGCAGUGCUGGCUCAGAGCUUUGACAUGACGAAUUAGCCCCCUGGGGCACGACUGAGAAUCAUUCACAGAACUUCAUCCAGCGGCAAGUGCACUCAGCUUCAGCAGGUCCUGAACAUCGCCCCCAAUGUUUCUCCACUCUGUGCUACACUACGUGUGAACUGCAUGUAACAUUAGACAAUAGCACAGAGCACGAUGGAACCAAACUUCACCAAAAUCGCCAACCUCACCAACAGCUCCUCCGGUAGCUGCGUGCUCAACGCCUUCCAGCUGCUGUGCCCCCCGCCCGAGAUGUCCUACGCGAGCAGCGUUCUCGUGCAGACUGCGCUCGUCAUCUGCAUCGUGGCCAUCGCUGUUGGCAACACGCUGGUCAUCGCGUCCAUCGCCUACUUCCGAGAGUUGCAGUCGCGCAUGAACGUCUUCACGCUGUCCCUGGCGCUCGCCGACUUCCUCGUGGGCGUCCUCAUUAUGCCCUUCAGCAUGCUCAAGACCGUGCACAACUGCUGGUUCUUCGGCCGAUGGUUCUGCAAGAUUCACACGAGUCUCGACUACAUCUUCUCCACGGCGUCCAUCGUUCACAUCAGCUGCAUCGCAUACGACCGCUACAAUGCCAUCUGCCACCCGCUGUGCUACACGCAACGGGUGAACAGGGCCAAGGUGGUCGUGAUGCUGGGCGGCUGCUGGGUGGCUCCUGUCAUCUACGUGGCGCCCAUAAUGCUCGGCUGGAACAUCAUCGGCAUCGAGGAGGUAGUGGCGAGCAUGACCUGCCCCGACAGCUGCGUCAUGUUCAAGAACACUACCUUUGUGCUUCUGGACACGGUGUGUGCCUUCAUGGUGCCCAUGUCCAUCAUGGGGGUGGCGUAUGGGAAGAUCUACAGGGUGGCGCGCGAUCAGUCGAGGAGGGUUCACUCGCAGCACCAACAGCAGGUGGAUGGCAACGCCCUCAAGCGGGAGCACAAUGCCACCAAGACACUGGGCCUCAUCAUGGGGGCCUUCUUUCUGUGCUGGCUGCCGUACAUCGUGGUGAGCCUGGUGGACGUGUUCGUACACUUCCAGACAAGUGGGGUGGUGUGGAGCGUCGUCGUGUGGCUGGGAUACAUCAACUCCGGCUUCAACCCCGUGCUCUACGCACUCUUUAGCCGACCAUUCCGACGAGCAUUCGCGAUCAUCAUCAGCAAGAGGAUUUUCACCUCGGACACAAGAAAUGUGGAUCUUUCCAGAGAGGAUUAAAAACAGUUUACUCACC